AUCCUGAUUAGACUUGUGUGCAAUUCUCCAUGCACUUCUGCAAAUAAAAGGAAAAGGUUCAACUGGUUCGUUUAAACAACAAAUGGUUGCAUGUAGGUAAAUGGUGAGGUUGGUGUUCAAUGUCCACCUUUGUCCAUGCAACGAGUGCUUAUGUAGUGGCGAUAUGACCUAUCCGGUGUCAUUGAGGACGACAAGUAGAAGACUGGCAGGUUACCCCGGCCCCUUCGGAGACUACAACGCUGGCACAAGUGGCACACGGUGGCAGCAGCCAGUCCGUGUUCGACGUGCCGAGCAGGUGAUACGAAGAAGUGGAGUUGCUUAUACAGUUAUUAUAUCCGUCGGUUGGUUACUGUUCUUACUAUUACUAUUACCAUUAUUAUUCGAGUACUGCUUAAACGGUGUCUGGCCUUUUUUUUGCGUACGUAGGUACCUGGUGACAUGUGGCUUGCGGAGCCCGAUAGCCGCGCUGUGUAAGCAGGCCGUUCGUGUUCGGUAGUUUUGCUCGGUGACGGUGGAAUUCACGGAAGUUGACUGUCUAGAAAGAGACGGACACUACGACAGUGAAGAUAACCUUCGACGGAUUUUGGACCACGACCUUCCUACACUAGUGACGAUAUAAACCGAGUUGCCGAAAGAUUCUGAUUGUGAGAUCGCAUUAGUGCCCCAAAUGGGAAGUAAUUAGAGAACGGUAAUAAAAAGAAGUCCACGUGAGACUGCACAAUGAAACAGGUUGCUGUUAUUCCACCGCCUCUUCCCCCGAAAACACGUCGUGCCCCCCCUGGCACGUCCACAACGGUACUCAAGAGCCCUGACUCUAAUCUGGACUACGGUAUCCAGACUCCGCAUUCUCAGUUCUCAAUCUCGCCAGCAACUUCCGAUAGUCAUGUAGUUAAAAUCCUAAUUAACCCCCAGGACGGCCAAGUUCGCAAUAAAAGUGAAUCCAAGACUGUUAUCAGUGAAUCGGGUCCUUGUGUUCGUCUUAGUGUUAACGGCAACGAUUCAUCAGACAUGAUCCAAAAAACGGAAAACUAUUCGAAAAAUGAUCAGUCAAAACCGUUCUUUUUAUAUGGCCCUUACAGUUACAAUGGCACUAUGACUAGUGGACAGGUAUCACCCAGUGAUACAUUAGACUCAGGCACGUGCAGUGAUUUGGAUGGCACACCACCCCCAUUACCAAGAAAAAAGAAUUCUGGCGUUUCAAUAACAGUAAUCAAUAAUCAACAUAAGAGAGUGUCGAGCAUAGCCAGUAGCGGGGUUGAUGCUGAUAGCGAUGAUAACGAUAGCAAUGUCAGCUAUGACUCCUUAAACAGUGGCGAUGUGCAAUCUGAAUUCACCAGAAAGAGUCCCGAACCCAAAACCGAAGAAAAAAGCAUCUUUCCACAAAAUCUGCUUCAGGAUAUUAGAGAUCGAACAGUAAAACUGACCCAGGUAGACAUUGAGCAUUCCUCUGAUGAACAAGAGGAACUAACUGAAACGAGAUCAGUUAUUGUACCACCAGUAAUCACCCAUGAAAAAUUAAAAGGCGGCAAUUUUGAAAACGUGUCGCGUGGGCACAUCGUUGACGAAAGUACCUAUGAGGAAAGGAAACAAAAGGAAAUACAUCAGGAAAUGGUUAGGGUAUUCAAUGAUUUGGCAUUUGAUUCUGACAAACUAAUUAAGUUUCAUCUCAACGAACAUCAUAGUGACGAUGAUACGAAAUCAGUGCAAAAGUCGAGUGCUCGCGAUGACGAAAGUUUCGCCGGUUAUAGAGAUUAUCUAGGGGUUGAUGGUGCUGCCACCAUUCGAAGUGCAAAAGGGACUAUUCGUGGAGUCAAAAAUCGCGUAAGAGCAGGCAUAGCAACCUUUCUACAAAUUGGCAAUACGACAAGGGUAAGUUUUUCUUUCCUUGAGAAAUAAGCGUAAGAAU